CUUCUUCCUGAAGAAUAAACAAACGAAGAAGAUCGUGGCGAAAGGAUCAAUCAUUAUUAGGUUUUCGUGAAUUUCUCUUCAUAUAAUUCUCCUUCAUCAUCAGCUCAUCAGAUGGCUUAUAGAAGACGACAAGGAAUUACAAGAGCAUCAACCUUCAAAGAAGAGAUUCAUCAUCCGCCUGAUGAUGAUCAUAACAACUCUUCUUCCUCAUCCGCUAAUUCUUCUCUCGCUGCUAAAGCCGUUAGAGCUUCCACUGCAUAUCGCGAUUCAUCAUCUCUUUCCUCCGCUUAUGGAAAUUUCUCUUUUGACUCCUCCUCUGCAAAUAGAUCCAAGGAGCCUCCACAAUUUGAAUAUACAUCGUUCAAAAGGAACAAUGAGCCUCCGAAAGGAUUAUGGGGAGUUCUUGCUCUGAAAGCCAAAUCAAUUCUUGAAGAUGAUGCCAUUUCCCAGCAGCAAUCUACAGCAUCUAGCACAUUGAGGCCACAACCACUUGACACAUCUUGGGACAGCCAGUUCAAUAGGAUGCAAGGGUCCUUUGAUAGCAAUAGAAGAGUUGAAAAUCCAAGAUUAAGAAAGGGAUUGGAUGUACUUGCUUCUUCCCUUAAUAGUAUAGGUGACUCUAUUGGAAAUGCCUUGGAGGAGGGACGCAGUAUGGUGGAAAACAAGACUGCAGAUAUCAUCCAAGAAACAAGGAAACUGCAAAUAAGGAGAAAAGGAGGCAAUUCUGAUGAACAGAUUCAGAUUGCUGAUUCAAACGCGCAGACCCUUCAAAACAAUCAAGAAACAAAACUUAAGGCAUCCCGCGACGUUGCAAUGGCAACAGCUGCGAAAGCAAAGCUUCUACUCCGGGAGCUGAAAACCAUAAAAGCUGAUCUUGCAUUUGCCCGAGAAAGAUGUACUCAAUUGGAAGAAGAGAACAAGAUCCUUCGUGAAGCUCGCGAGAAGGGUGUUAAUCCUGCUGAUGAUGACAUGAUACGGCUUCAACUUGAGACGCUUUUGAACGAGAAGUCUAGAUUGGCCAACGAGAAUUCAAUAUAUGCUCGCGAAAACCGGUUCUUAAGGGAGAUUGUGGAGUAUCAUCAGCUUACAAUGCAGGAUGUGGUGUAUUUCGAUGAAGGAAUAGAUGAAGAAGUUACUGAAGUAUACCCAAUACCUGCAAUUUCCAGGAUAUUAUCCAUUUCACCUCCUUCUCCAUUAUCUCCACCAUCAAUUCAUGAUGAUAUUAAUGUGGAUCCAUCUCGAUUCAGCAAUAGUACUAGUACUCUUGACGCAGAACACACGUUUCCAUCCAUCUCCCUUCCUCCGCCUCCGCCACCACCACCCACGCCCACAACCGCGAAAGCCGGUGGUUCAUUCGAUUUGACAGUACCACAAGACACUAAUGAGGUGAUCAAGUGAUGAGGGAUUUGUUUUUAUUUUACUUUAUGUGUUUGCUUGUGUUGUUGUUGGUGGUAAAAUAUUAUAUUGAACUAAUUAAUGAAGAACCAAACAAACUAGCUAUCAUGAUUCAUGUGCAAACAUUCAAGCUUUUAUUUUACAAAAAGAUGUAUCAUUAAUUAAUCAUAAGUGUGUCAAAUGGUUUAUUGACAAAACACUUAACAAUGUGAACUCAGAUUUUUU